AUGGACGCCCAGGAUCCUAUACACGUCCAGGAUCCGGACGCCGAGGAUCCUAUAGACGCCCAAGAUCCUAUAGACGCCCAGAUCUAUAGACAUGCCCAGGAUCCCAUAGACGCCCAGGAUCCUAUAGACGCCCAGGAUCCUAUAGGACGUCCAGGAUCCUCAGAUGCCCAGGAUCCUAUAAAUGCCCAGGAUCCUAUAGAUGCCCAGGAUCCUAGAGACGCCCAGGAUCCUAUAGACGCCCAGGAUCCUAUAGACGCCCAGGAUCCUAUAGACGUCCGGGAUCCUAGACGCCCAGGAUCCUAUAGACGCCCAGAUCCUAUAGACACCCAGGAUCCUAUAGACGCCCAGGAUCCUAUAGACGCCCAGGAUCCUAGUGGUGAUCCUAUAGACGCCCAGGACCUAUAG